CUUCUUUCCUCUUGUGCACCAUAAUCGACUCACACCACGGUUUCUGGCUUACGCAUCCGGCCGGACGUCUUGCAAGCCGAAAUGGACCCUGCUCAGCAGUCGAAGAAAAAGGUUCCAUAUAAGCGGAGGAUGACAGAGAAACGGCGUAAUCAGAACCGAGCUGCCCAAAAGACAUACCGAGAGAAGCGCAAAGAAAGAUUAGAGCAAUUGGAACGUCAAAUCACGGCCUUGCAGAACAACGACAGGGAUCGUAGGCCAGAUGGAACUGGUGCAGACAACGUCCCUGAAACAACAUCUGGAGACGUUAUCGAAGACUUGAGUGACAUCGACCUUGAGUUCCUGGAAGAUGACCAGUCGGUUCCUGCACCCGAAUCGUCAUUCGCAGAUCUCAAGCAUCUGCUCAGAGGCGACGACGCGCCGGAUCUCGACGAAUUAGUACAGUUCGCACUGGAGGAAAGGCCUGACUUGAGCAAGAUUCUGAUUGCAGGUCUCAGAUUGCUCAAAAUAGAAAAAGAAACGACUAUGACAAUAGAUAAGAAAAGACGACCUGUUACAUGGGCCACGGGAAACUGGUCUACUCUAACGAGCAACAGUCCCCCCUCGGUUAUAUAUCCCCUUCCAGAUCCCUCGAUAGAUGGUAUCUUUCUUAGCCGUCAAUCGCAAAUCGAAGUCGUGUUCUACAACUGCAUGAAGAUUGGGUUGUCAAUCGAGGAACUGAUGAAACCGAACUGUCAGUCGCCGUGGUACUCGCCAACAGCAUUGAUGCCCUCUUCUGCCCUUACAUUGGAGCGCGUACCUCCUGAUCUAAUUCCAACACCUGCUCAAAUACGCUACCCCCAUCACCCCUUCAUAGAUACCAUACCGUUCCCAUGGUUUCGCGAGCGCGCCAUUACGCUGGCAUCCAUGGAUCCACCUGCUUACAAUCGCUCGGAACUCAAGAAGGAUAUUCUGCGCGGUGGAUUGAUAGUGUGGAGGUCUCGCGGGAAGGAAGAGGGUUUACCAUGGGAUCGGAGGAGCUGGGAAGUACAGCAUUGGUUUUGGGAGAAAUGGUCAUGGUUGAUUGAAGAGCAAGGACGAGUGGAGCAGCAAUCAAAGUGGUGGCAAUCUAUGAGAGGGAAGUGAGCGGCAUUAACUUCUAGACUGCUGCUACACUAAGCCAGCCGGUGGAUGUCGCUCACUUGAGAAAGGUUCUUAUCUCCCGAGCUGUGAGCCAACGCCAUGACGUAGAAACAAUUGACGAG